AUGUCCACAGUAAACGUGGCUGCAAAAACACUUGUUUCUGUGGCAUCAAAGGUAAAACUAGAGCACUCAGAGAAGUGGAGACCAAGUGAUCAUUUAAGGUUCAUGGUUAUGUUAAUGACUUGGGUCACUGUUUGGGUACUUAGGGUUUUGAUGGAUCAUUUUCCUUUUCCUAUGACUUUGUCCCCUCAUUAUCUUCUUAAUAGCUUCUCCUCCAUUGGAUCAUCAUUUCCUUUGGCGCUUCCAUCAUCAUCAACUUCUACUCCUGCAGUGGAUUUGAUUUUUCAAGAUGAUAUUGAUGGACCAUCCGUUCAAGCUCUUGGUAGAGCACUAACACAUGUACUUGCAUUGAUGAAUGAGAUACCAGCCACGUCAAGAAAAUACCAAUUUGCAAUGGCGAUGGCUGACAAGAUCAUGGAUGGAAACUUCAGAGAUGGCCAUAUGGAACUUGCAGAAGUCAAUCGAACGGCUCUUUCUUCAGCAUUUGCACGUACAUUAAGCCUUCUAUAUCGAGCUGUGCAAAACCCCCAAGCCUCAGAUGAUUCUUCAAAUUGGACUUCACGUGUCAUUAGGUCACUUCCAUUAGGGUCCUACAUUGCAUCUUAUGUUAACGGCAUGAGUUAUUGUUUGAGUGCUGUUAUACGAACAGUUGGGAGUGGUAUGUGGCAGUUGGAGAAGCGGCGGCCACGAGGUGGUGGAUUUGAAGAGGUGGAUGAUGUGGUGGCAGAGAAGCUGGCACAGGAACUUCUUUGGAUAACUAAUAAGCUCAGGGAUUAUGGAGCUGUGGAUGAAGCUUUGUUGCAAUGGAGUUAUGCUUCUGGUCUUGCUUCCCUUGCCCUCACUGUUAACAAUAGGGUUCAAGGUUACAUUGUCAAGAUCUCAGCUAUAUUAAUUGGAGAUCUGACCGGGGACACUGUAAUUUCAAGCCAAGUGAAGUUUGGAUUGCUAGCACUUUGGCUUCCAUUGUUUUGCCAUGCAAACAAUGGACUAGCAUAUCCUUACUUGUCAAGCUUUGAAAAGAUAGAAUUAGAGAGAGCAAUGGAUGAAGUGAUAUCAGCUUUACCUGCAAUGGAUCAAGAGGUGAUUCUUACCAAUUGGGUUCAAGAUUUUGCAGUGACAGCUUCUGAAUGGCCAAAUCUCCAAGCAUCUUAUGAUCGAUGGUGCCAAUCUACUCGUGAGCUUGCCACUUAA